AUGUCUGGCAUCUGUAGAGCUAGACUAACUGAGGAACGCAAGCAGUGGCGAAAAGACCACCCAUAUGGCUUUUACGCGCGACCAAUUAAAACAGCAAAUGGUCUGGACUUAAUGAAUUGGGAAGUAGGAAUCCCAGGAAAGCCGGGGACUCCUUGGGAAGGUGGCACGUAUAAAAUCAUUAUGGCCUUCCCAGAAGAUUAUCCUAGCAAGCCGCCAAAGUGCAAGUUCACUCCACCCCUAUUUCAUCCAAAUGUGUACCCAUCUGGGACUGUAUGCCUUUCAAUCCUUAAUGAAGAGGAAGCAUGGAAGCCUGCGAUUACCAUAAAGCAGAUAUUAUUGGGAAUCCAAGAUCUUUUAAAUGAUCCAAAUCCCGAGAGCCCCGCACAAUCGGACGCAUAUAUGCUAUACAAGAAAGAUCGCAAAGAAUAUGAGAUGAGAAUUAGGAGGCAAGCGAAGGAAAACGCGCAACAAUAG